AUGCUUCCCUUCUUUGGCCAUGGCUCGUCCUCGGGCACUCGGCCGACCGGUCAGAGAGCUCAGGGCGCCUCAUCCAACAACGGCGCCCGACCCCCCGCACCGGUGGCUCGGCCGCAUCCCAGCCCUGCUGCGCAAGUGAUGGCAGCCCGUCCCGCGGCCUCACACGGCCAGCAAAGUGCGGCCGCUGCUGCUCCGGCUGCUGCGUCGGCCCCAAACCGUCCCCCCGUCCCGCAGGAGCAACAGCAGGGCCCUUCCAUGCGUCUGCCCGUCGCUCAAUACGCCGUCACCAACAACAGCGCUCCCCCCGUCCUGGCCUUGGCCGCCGCACCCCCUUCACCCUCGCAAGGCCAGCAGGCAGCUGCGGCAGCAGCAGCUGCCUGCUGGCCAUGUCCGUAUCCGUACCCGACACCGUACGGAUAUCCGUAUCCGUACCCGACACCGUACGGAUACCAUCCAGACAGAUACCCUGGCGUUGCCGUCCCCUCCUACGCUGUCGGCUCCUCGCAGCUGCACGAGGCAGGGCGUGGGCGUGGGGGGUUGCGCAUCAAUAUCCCAGUGACGACGCUGGUGCAGGUGCGCAACCCCCUGGGCCACCCCAAUGACGACGCUGGUCUAGGUGGUGCACCAGCGGCAGCAGCAGCAGGUGGCCAACCGCCGGUGAAGGUUCCGCGGCUGCCGGACGAUGUGUGCAAGUUCAUCGACGACCUGCGGGAGAAACCAGGUACCAGAUACGCGGCCGCACUGGCCCGCACCCGCACCAAACGUCUGAUUGAUGGUGUGUGUCCUUAUUUGUGUGCAGAAUUCCUUCCCCGGUGCCCCAUCACGUUGGGCGUUCCCCACCAGCCAGUGCACAGCGCCACCUCCCAGACGAUAUACGAGUACGAAGCCAUCUGUCACCACCUCGACCGCGUAAGUGAGAGGGAGGGGACCACCACAGCACAGCAGCAUUGACCAAAGGACACGCCACUCCACUCCCCCCUAUCUUUCGGUUUGAUGGACAGAGCGGCCGCAGCCCCACCAGCAGGCAGCGACUGACCAAGGACGGCCUCGUCGCCGACCGCAAUGCGCUCAGGUUCAUCGAGGGCUGGGCAAGGGACCAGAUGCAGAAAGACCAGAACAAGAGAGGCGGCCCGCCGGGCGGCAACGGGGCAUCGAAGCGCCAGAGGGUCGAGGGGAAUGGUUGUAGCGGGCAGGGAGAGGGGCGGGAGGGGGUAGUGGCUGACGAUGACGAGGAAGGCUCGCCCACGACGGCCGUCGUCCUGGGGCGACCUCCCGCCAACCUUAUUAGCGCGGUGAGUGACCUUAAGGGAAGGCACGCCGAUGAAUGCAUGUAGCGGCAUGUGUUGUGUUGUGUUGUGUUGUGUCAGGUCAAGGCCGCCCCCGAGACGGUGCUGACGGGCAUGAUGCAGUGGUUUGGCGAACUCCACACCCACGCCGAGCCGUCCGACAAGCAGGUCAGGGAGAUGCAUAGGGGCGGUGACCUGGCGCACACACCAAGUCAGACAAUGGAUGCUGCUUGAUAUUUGUCUCUGUUGGCCAGGUAGAUCACCUGAAGGAGAUUUUGCGCCUGUACCCUACCGUCGACGACCUCUUCCGCGAGUGGCUGUGCUCAUCCGUCCCACCCAAAGGCGAGGCCACCAGCACCCGUAUGUACAGAUGGGCAGAUGCACCCAAAAGUGCCAUUUUCAUACCGAGGUUGUCUUGUGUCUUGCGUGUUCAGCUGGUGGUGCCGCAGCGGCAGCUGCUGCUGCCGCUGGUGAUGGUGAUGGUGAUGGUGAUGGUGAUGGUGAUGGUGGCGUUGGUGGGGGGCACUGCUGGCCCUGGUGGAGGAAAGGGUGGUUCUCCCGCCCUUGGACGCACACCAACACCGGUAAGCCGCGAGGAUGGAUGGAUGGAUGGAUGGGCUUGCAAACAUUGUAUGUGUGCGCGUGUGCAGAUGAUAGCUACUCGGACGUUGCCAACGUCACCUUCAAGACGGGCGUGUCGGCCAUCCUGCGGGAAAUGUACCCUGGCACCACAUGAGCUCAUUGUCGACCCAGAUAGACUGUCUAUAUCGAAUCGUCGUUCCUAUGUAUCCCCCGCACGAACGGGCUGCACACCGUUGGAAAAGGGAAACGACCCGUUGUUUGGGAGGAUGUGUGAAAAGUGGAUGGAUGGAUGGAUGGAUGAAAGCACACGUCACUC